UUCGCAGAAAGUAGAUCACGGUCCUACUUUAUCGCUAUGACUCUUUAUUCGAUUCGCACGAAAGAAUUCGCCUGGUGGAAAACAGGCUUUAUUUGAGCAUUAUAGUAAUUUGUCAGAGGCUUUACAAUUUUCAAUGAAAUGUACUGUUAAUAACGAAGCAAUAAACUUUUCUAUUUGCUAGACGCUCUCCCUUGGACUGCAUGCUGCAUUUUCUGUUUGAAUUCAGCAAAUUCUUCGUGCAUUCGGAGUGGCAAUAGCUUAACAAAGCCAUAGUUAAACCCAGUAUGUAAUUACAAUCGUUCAAUAAAUUUCUUCACCCCCAAAAAUGAUGCUAAUGUAUGUAUGUGUAUCUAAUUCGCCACAAUCAUUUUCUUUACAUAUUAUACAAAUUAAAAAGAUUAAAAUACAAUUAUAUAAAUUAAAAGCAAAGAUUAAAACCCCUAAGUUCAGUGAAAGGGAUACGUUAAAAGGUCAUGCUGACCUUAUUUCCAUGAUGGUAUAACAUGACUCAGUCUGAUUUUGAAAUCAUGUUUUUUAUGCAUCAUGAUGGUCCUGUUUUAUCAGCCAUGGACCUCUUCACCAGCAAUCUCCAAAUAACUCUAUUUUGGGCCAUUCUCACAGUCUCUGAUGUGUCUAGCCCUAAAGCCUUGAUAUUGUCACUCAACCAAGUUGUUCAUUUUCCCUUUAAAGGAAUGAUUAAAAUAUAGUUUUGAGCUGCAACCUUGAAUUUAAUGCUUAAUGCUACCAUCAAGCAGCUGUUGUCUGACGUAGGCAUUGAUUUUGAAACUCGUAAUUGCAACUUAAAAUCGCCUUUUUAUACAAGCCAAAUCAUGUCUACAUGGCACCAAGCGCUUUAUAAAAGACCGAUAAGGAGUAAUCUAAGACUGUUUGUUAGACCAUGUCAAGUACAAUUAAUGAUUAUUUAAAAUUCAAAGCAACGUUUCUGCCAUCACCUUGGCUGCCGCACCCUAAUCGCUCCCACAACGUGCGGGAACGAGGCUAUUGUAUCAAUUCAGCUCAAUAACGGUUUGUUGUUGAAACCUCAGCUGGCGGGAAUGUACAAAUUAAAUGGCACCUGCACAAAUUAUAUGCUGAAUAUUCAAAAUGUUGAUAUGAGCUUCAAUGCAAACAGAAGCCCUAGAAGAAGAACAAAUAAUACCAUGCCUGAGUCAUUUAUAUGGAAAACCUUCCCAAUGCCGAUACAGGUAUUCUUCGGGCGACUAGGGAUUAUGCCAGCUGGCUUUUGAAAGCAUUAAUGACCCAGGGAUUGUGCACGUGAAUGAAUUUCUGCCCUGGUGCCUGAAUUGACAAUCCCAGUCUAACAAGUCAUUGCCGGAUAAAGAUCAAAAAGAAACGGCUGCAUUCUUUCAUAAAGGGACUUGUCUGUAGCUGACUUCACACUUGCUGACUGUGAUUGGUCUGUCAAAAAAUCUGUAAAAACUUGGCUAGCAAUAAGGAAGAUUUUAUGAGAAACAAGAAAAAUGGCACAACUGCACUUAUCUUCGGGGUAUGAAAAAUCUUACAAGAGGAAUAUAGCUUAAAGGAAAAGAGGAAUAUACUUAACACAAUGGAGAAGUAUCUGAAGAUAGAGAAAAUUGGAGAAGGUACUUAUGGGACUGUAUAUAAGGCAAAAGACAGAAAUACCCAUGAAGUUGUUGCAUUAAAAAGAGUAAGACUGGAUGAAGAUGAUGAGGGCAUUCCUAGUUCUGCACUCAGGGAAAUUUGCCUCCUCAAAGAGCUGAAUCACAAGAAUAUUGUUAGGGUCCUUGAUGUAUUACAUAGCUGCAAAAAGCUUACCAUCGUAUUUGAGUAUUGUGACCAAGAUUUGAAAAAAUAUUUUGACACCUGUCAAGGGGAAAUGGAUCUAAACACAGUCAAGUCAUUCAUGUAUCAGCUUUUGCGAGGAUUAGCAUUUUGUCAUACAAAUAACAUUCUACACCGAGAUCUGAAGCCACAAAAUUUGCUUAUUAACAAGAAAGAUGAGCUGAAGUUGGCAGAUUUUGGCCUAGCCAGGGCUUUCGGCAUUCCGGUGCGCUGCUUCUCCGCAGAGGUCGUUACGUUGUGGUAUCGACCUCCUGAUGUUCUGAUGGGCGCCAAAAUGUAUACAACAUCUAUUGAUAUUUGGUCUGCUGGCUGCAUUUUCGCGGAAAUGGCAAAUGGCGGUAGACCAAUCUUUCCAGGAAGCGAUGUUGAUGACCAGUUGAAAAGAAUCUUCCGGCUGCGUGGUUCGCCGUCUGAAGAGAACUGGCCAGGUGUUUCAAAGCUACCAGAUUACAAGGAAUUCAACAUUCAUCAGUCAAUAUCGCUGCAAUCUGUUGUUCCUACAUUGUCGGCUGCUGGUAGAGACCUCUUGCAGAAUCACUUAGUUCUGAAUCCUGCAAAUCGAAUUUCCGCUGACGCCGCAAUGCAGCAUAUUUAUUUUGCUGACAUCAACCAAAUACUCAGAAAUUGAUGAAAGAGAAAUAUUAUACUUUAGCCCUUAAAGGAACGAAAUAAAGAAGAUUUAAUUGUAAAUAGGUAGAUGGAAAACAGGUCUUUGUUUUAUUUUCUUAAAUGAUAUUUAUUAUAUUAAAUGUAGGUAGAUGUAUUAAGUUUACUGGAUUUCAAAUAAUGUUUUCUGAAAUGAAAAAAUUGAAAUAAACUAUUAUAUGCAAUCAUCAUCAUUUUCGAAAACUAUCAGUUGGCAAAGACAAUCUAUCUUAAAAAUAAAAACUAACCAUAAUGAAUUUCCUUUGAGAAUUUUUUGUACCAUUGUUAAUUCUAAAAUCCAAUUCCUCUUUCCUGUUGGUCCUGGUGUUUUCCCGCUCUCCUUUUUAAUCUUUGCCUCGUUCAUUGCUACUCUUUUUUCCUAACCCUUAUUUUUCCGUUCAAUUCCUUCGCUAUUUCCUUAAUCUUUCCUUCUUUUCCCGUCCUCCCACUAGAAUUUACAAACUCUAACACGUCAUUCGGGUUAUGUCUUCAAACAAACUACAUUAAUAAAAAAAAUGCAUGUAAGGAACUUAAGUGGGCUUUUCUGAAUUAUAAUGUUCUGCUAGAAAGGAUCGGAGAUAUACUGAAGUUAAAAAGUUAUUUUCAUUCUUUGUAGCUAUCCAGACCCAUAAAUCCUUAUCUUGGGGGACCUUCUUUUCAGUUCGAUGAACUGACGAAAGUUAAGUUUAAAAAGUUAACUAGCAAAUCAAGAAAACUGCUAGCAAAUUUAUAGAAAAAUUUUUAAAAAAAUUUGAUUGUAUUGAGAGCCCCCUGAUAAAUUCAUUCAAAAAUGCUAUGCAUUGCAAAGAUUAUCUUCAUAUUCGUCUUAACAAUCUUCAUAUCGUUUGCUUGCUUCUUGUUCAGUAUCCAUUAUUGUAACGAACUGUGAAGCUUUAGAGACAUAGCUCUUAAGCCAAACAGCUUAUAAAUCUACUUUCUUUGCUGAACCGAAAAUCACGUCAUCUAGCAGCUUAAAAGUAUUUGAGUAGGGAACUGUUUCAUAUUUUGCGAAAUGUGCGAUUUGUAAUGUCAUGAAAAUUAGUAGGUAAACGUCUGAUCAAAUUUGUUUUUCGCAUUAAAUCAUUUUACUUAUCUUUUGAGCAAGUAUGUACUGUUGAAUUUCCGAUGCAGAUGUUAAAUCAAGCCCUAGUUUUUCUUCCUUUAUCCUAAUGGCCUUCGUUUUUAGCACAGAAGCGAGAAUUUAUAUGUUGAUUUCGCCAUCCACUUUGUUUUCGCAAUAAAACUGUUGUUUUUCUUUUCCAACACAACGAUCAACAUCAUUAUUGCAAUCACACUCAGCUGCCCAAGCAAGUUCUUCCCUAUUCUAAAUGUGCAUUUUAAUAGUAUGCAUGUCAAUCGUUUGAUAAUCAAACCAUGUCGUUAGAGACAUUAUA